AUUUACACAUCAAUGCUAUGUUUGUAUUGAACUUUACAGAAAGGAAUUAACCUUGCUAGCUCUUUAGAGAAGAAAUAAAUGGGGAUAGAAGUUAGUACAAACUGUAUGAAUUGUUUCUUCAUAUUGGUUCUUCUUAUGGAAUAUAGGGUGAUAAAUUAGUUAGUAUGAAUUUUCCUUUCCCUUUCUUUUUCUCCUGAGUUGCAUAGGUCUGGUUUCCUGGUUUCCUUUACUCUGAAAUGUGAUAAGUUUCAAUUCAUGUAUUUAAUGACCUUAUUUGUUUUAUUUUUCCUCUGAAAUUAGUUUCUCUCUAUGUUCUUUGUUCUUUUUGUUUUUCUUGAUUUAUUUUAUUUCUUUAUGGGAGCGAUUUUAGUAACAACAAGAAACUAUAGUGGGUCCAUUCAGGUGGAAAUUAUAUUAAUGCAUGCAGGUUCUGAGUUUUUCUCUGUAUUUCUUGUUUAAUUUUAGAGGGAAGAAGCAGUAUGAACCACCUAGGUACAUGACAAUAAAGACUGCCAUUGAGCAGCUCCAGGAAGUUGUGCAAGCAAAAGUAGAAUCUGUCUGCAAUGAAGACACGGAGUGUGUUGGUUUUGCUAGAAUUGGAAGUGAAGAUCAGAUCAUUGUGGCUGGUACAAUGAAGCAACUUCAAUUGCAUGUUUUUUUCCUAUCAAAUAGUAUUGUAGGAGUGUGAAACUACUCAAAUUUUGACGUGUUAUUAUGUAAAAAAUUAAACUCUUCAAUAUUUUGUGCUGAAAGUAGUAACUUUUCAAUAUGUUGAAUAUUUAAGACUACUUGAAUACUUAAAGAACAUUUUGUUGUUGAUGACAGUGUUGAAUGUUUUAAACUAAUUUGUGGAUUGUUAAUACAAUGUUGAAUGCUUUUUA